AAAACGAUUGUAAAAUAAUAAAACAUUUUAUCAAUAAGCGUAUAAUAGUAGAGAUAAAGAUACCAUUAAUUAUAAUUUUAAACAUUAUUUACACAACUCAUUAUACAGGUGACGCGUGAAGGAGGUAUACGCGAUGGUUUUAAAAGAAAUAUUAUUUAUAGUAUUUUUAGUAGCUGCACUAAAUGCAGAAUAUGUUUCGUAUAAGGAUUAUAAAGUGUACAAAAUAGUUCCAAAGACGGAAAAUGAAGUACAAAUACUUCUGGACUUAAGAAAACAAAAUGAAUAUUUCUUCUGGAAUGAUAUUAUAAGUCUACAAAGUGAUGUGAAGAUUAUGGUGGCACCAAAUAAUCAAGAAGAUUUUGAAAAUUACUUCAAAAAUGUCAAUAUUUCUGCUGAAGUUGUUUUUGAUGAUGUCCAAAAGGUAAUCGAGGAUCAAAUGAAAAGAUCAGUUAGCAGAAGUGUAGUCUACGACUGGACGUACUACCUGAACUUAGAUGAAAUCAACGCCUGGCUGACCAGAAUCGUAGAAGAGCAUUCAGAUGUAGCUACUCUUGUAAACCUUGGAACAUCUGUUGAAGGCAGAACUAUCUGGGGUGUUAAAAUUGACUACAAAAAAGAAGAAAAUCCAGUAAUUGGUAUGAUUGAAGGUGGUAUUCACGCGAGAGAAUGGAUUUCUCCUGCUACAGUGACGUACAUCAUUAACGAAUUCUUGACCAGUACUGAUGAAAGUGUUCGGUUCAUGGCAGAAAAUAUUGUUUGGCAUAUUUUCCCGGUCGUUAACCCUGAUGGAUACGAAUACACCUUCAGCAAUAACAGAAUGUGGAGAAAAAAUAGAAGCAAGGAAAACUUCCAAACUUGUACUUCAGUAUCAGAUGAUAUUAGCAAUGGUAUUGAUUUGAAUAGAAACUUCGAAUUUGUAUGGAUGACAACCGGUGCCUCCUCCAAUCCCUGCGCAGAAACCUACGCUGGCCCGAUUGAAUUUUCGGAGCCUGAAUCUCGUGCCAUAGCAAACUAUGUUUUACACAUAAAGGAACAAGGCCGUAUGAUCUACUAUUUUGCCUUCCAUUCUUAUUCUCAAAUGGUCUUGGUGCCUUACAGCCAUCUUUCUGGAUACGAUGUCAUUGAAACUCCUAAUUAUGGUGACAUGUACGAGAUUGCUAUCCGAGGUAUGGACAAACUGAAGGCCAAACACAAUACGGACUACCAAGUUGGUACCUCUGGCGAUAUUUUAUACGAAGUUAGCGGUUCCAGUUUUGAUUGGGUGAAGGGAGUGGCCGGUAUUCCCAUCGUUUAUCUCUUCGAGCUUCGUGAUGAUGGUGAAUAUGGAUUCCUUCUUCCUGCAGAACGCAUAAUUCCUAAUAACGAAGAAAUUAUGGCUGGUCUUCUAGAAAUGGAGAAGGUUACCCGAAAUAUGGGUUAUUAUAAUAUUGUCAACAAUGAACCUUCACCUAAUCCUGAGGAUUCUUCCACUACUCCAGCGCCAGCUCCUGGCUCUGCAAUGAGAACGGUCUUUAGUUUUGUUCUAAUGGCUCUUUCUUUAUUUGUAACUUUGUAAUGAAAUGAAUCUAAUCAAUAAAUUCUUAUAUGACUGUUCGCUUUUUAUUUCACACG